AUGGAUUCGUUUGCUUCCAAAACUCAUCAUGAAGGAGACAGAGAUGAAGUUCAUAACCAAGAACAAGAGCCCUUGACACAAGAAUCGUCUGAGAGGGGCAAAAGGAAACAAACCACUGCUAAUGUGCCACCUCCUCCACCUCAAGAUGAUCAGUCUCAGAGUUCAUCUCAGGCACUUUCUCAAAAUUCUCAAGAGCAGGCAGCAAAUAGAGUUUUCGAUUCCAUUGAUGAUGAGAUGUUAGAUGGAAUUUGUAACUCUCAACAUACAACAGUGAAUGGACUAGGUAAUCUCUCAAUUUCUAAAUGGUUUUCAUUCUUUUAA